AUGAACCUUCAAAACCUUAUCUUGGAACCCUUAGAGGGUAUAGCAGAAGAAAGAUCAGCAACGAAGACCUUUAUUGCCGAUAUACAGAAUGAACGAAGAUUGACUGAUGCGAGUUACUCAAAAAUCAUUGACGAGUAUAAGUUCACAAUCUCUACACUUCAUGCGCAGCAUGCGAGGAUCAGGGAGGCGUAUCAGUCCACGCUCUCUGCACUUCAAUCGCAGCAGGUGAUCAUGAAUGAGUGUAUGUCCGUGCUCUCUACACUUCAAUCACAGGAUGCGAGGAUCAAGAUACUUGAGGAGGAGGGGAUCCUCCGAGAAUACUUCCAGUAG